AUGGCGUUUUCGGCUAAAUCUGCGGACAUGCUUAUCCUUUCCGACGUCAUGACGCCCGGCAUCCACGAGGAGCAGGCGCCGCCGCGCCCGAAGAGCGUAAUCCCGCAGGAAUCGCCCAUGCUCGGGGCGGAAACGCUCGUAAACGUGCCCUCGAUCCCCCAGAUGCUCGAGAAUAUCAACACGAACGUGGCGAAGAUUCCCGAAAACGUCCGCCAGGUCCUCGAGGACGACAAGAGCUUCAAGGAGCUCACCCUCACGGGCGCCGAGUUUCUGAAGGGCCUCGACACGAAUCCGAAGAAGCGCAUCCAGCAGGAGGAGCGCAUGAUCGAGUUCCGUCAGGUCGUCUCGGGCAUCUUCAAGACGUACGACCUGUUCUCCAACGACGUCAUCCACGCGAAGAUCCGCUCGAUGGCCGACCUGCUCUGCUACCACGCGAAGAGGAUCUACAAGGAGAGCUGCAAGAACCGCGAGGAGGUCGCGAAGGUCCGCCACAAGGUCGUCUUCACGUGCCUGAGCUACUACCUGCUGAAGCGCCACGUCAUCGAGGACAGCACCCAGCAGUACCACAUCCUCAACACGAUCAUCGAGUCGAGCCUGAUGCACACGCCCCGCCGCAUCAAGUCGCCCGCCAGAAAAAAGUAUUCCUUCUACUACUAG